UGUUCACCCCGAGGUGGCCCUUCCCGCCUUCCCGAGGGAGGGAUGGAGGGAUUGAGGGAUGGAUUCCAGCCUCUCCUGUGUCUUGCAGAACUUCGAGACGGCGCUGCGGGAGAACGUGACCAUUAACGGGCAGCCCUGGGAGGAGGCCACGGAUGACCCCAGCCCGCCGAGCGGUUCCAACAUUAAAAUUCUCGAAGAUCAGUUUGAUGAACUGAUAGUAGAGACAGCAACAAAGCGUAAACAGUGGCCUAAAAAGAUACUGGUGCAUGCUAUCCAAACCAUGAAAGCUGAGCAAGAGAUGUUGAAGCUCUACAAGCCUGUGGUAACACCAGAAGAGAUAAGAUCUCAGCCUUCUCAAGAUGCUCACAUCGCAGAUCUGAAGCAGGUGGCAGAAAUGGUAUCCAAACAGAUCAGCACAGCAAUGAAGUCUCUUCCAGCACUCACAGAAAGAGCAGAAGGUCUUUCUCAGGUGUUUACUUGGCAACCAACCUUGGAACUCUGCAAGCUGCGGCAAGAAAUCUUUGCUGGUGGCAAGGCAAAGGAAGAAAAUAACGUCCAAAAUGUUGUACCACCAGGAGAAGUCACACCAACAGACGCUAAUACCAGUAAAAAUCCUUAUGUUUUGCUAAAAAGAAGAAAAGCUGCAGAUUCACCAGAAAGGAAGCGCUACCCUCUUCGACGGAGGAAGAUUGCUCUCCGUGCGUGAAUUUCUCAUUUUGUCUUUUCAGUUUGGAAUCUCAGUUGUACUCUUGUUCCGUUUGCUCCAUCGUUUCUCUUAAAACUUGUCUCCUCCA